GCACAAUCACAACGAUUUGAAGACCUUGUUAAAAAUGAGAUACGAGACACGGAUAUGUUUUCUUCUCGUCAUUAGUACACGUGCCGUGUUCGCGACGCCAGUGACAAUUGAAUGCUGCCAGGAGAAUACCAGAAGAGCAGCAGAUACGUGCCGCCCUACUGUAAUAGCCCAUAGAGGCGCCAGUGGUUAUGUGCCAGAACACACUCUUGGCGCGUACGCUCUUGCUAUCACUAUGGGUGCUGACUACGUUGAACCCGAUCUCGUGAUGACCAAAGAUGGUCACCUAAUAGCAAGACACGACAGUGAACUAAGCGAGACUACAGAUGUUUCUCACGUCACUGAAUUCGCUCUUCGCAAACGUACCCAAACUAUCGACAAUCAAGAACUGACUGGCUGGUUCACAGAAGACUUCACACUUGCUGAAAUAAAAACAUUGCGGUGUAAGGAACGGAUACCGAAUAUUCGACCUGGCAACGCUCGAAUGAACGGCAGUUUCACUGUACCAACCUUCCAGGAAAUCAUCGACUUAGUCAAAAAUAUGGAGGCUAGCCAACAUCGUCAAAUUGGCCUUUACCCAGAAAUAAAACAUAGUACACAUUUCAAGCGCCUAGGAUUACCAAUGGAGCAACUUGUUGUCGAUACGUUUCACAGAAAUGGUUACAGCGGACCUCAGGCACCUGUUUACAUACAGUCAUUUGAAGUGAACAAUUUGAAAGAACUUAAAAAUUUGACUGAACUUCGGUUACUGCAAUUGUAUGAGAGUGAUAAGUUGAAACAGCCGUAUGAUCAGGUUGUGCUUGGUACGGGGCUCACUUACGGUGACAUGGCUAAUCCAGCUGGGCUAAAAGAAGUAGCGAAAUACGCAGCAGCAGUCGGCCCGGAUAAGUCCUAUAUUAUACCGCGGGAUGAUGCAAACAGACUUAGUACACCUACUAAUUUUGUCUCAGACGCUCAUAUGGUAGGGUUAAAGGUGCAUCCGUAUACUUACCGCGCUGAAAAUGGUUUUCUUCCUGCAGAAUUUCGAAGUGAAGACGUGUCAGAUGCUGCAAUUGGUGAUUUAAGUGCUGAACUGGAAGCUUACUUUGCCACGGGUAUAGAUGGUCUCUUUUCUGAUCAGCCUGAUAUACCAGUACGUGUUCGAGGGCGAUGCAUAUAAAGUAAACAAAGCCGUGUUUGUUCGUUCUAAAAUGUGCUGCUGGAUUCAUUACUAAAUAUAGAACACCGAAAACAUGCCCACGUUUGUAACAUACUACAAUCAUAAUUAACAUUUGAUUUUAACAUAGUGGUAUCAGUGCGUAAAAAUAUACUCACCGACAUUGUUUGUCCAUUAUCUAAAUUUUAUUGUACCCUAUUCAUUGUACCUUUAUGAAUAGAACAUUAAAUUUAUUAUUGAAAAUUUAAACAAUGCAAAGAUGAUAAUAAAGGUUAAAAUGAGUAAGUUAAAGAUACUUCGAAUGUAUAUUUAUAACCUAACAUUUGAAUAAGUCGAUAUAAAAACGCACUAGAAGUUCAUAGCUACGAAGGUGGAUAUCCCUCCAUUCGUUAACUUCCUUCCUUUGACCCGCUACGAAAUCUAGCACAGUGACUCGGUGCUACAGGAUAGCAAAUAUUUAUGUAGUACAUGUUACGAACAGCUAGCGCUUAUGAGCGCUGGAAAAUUAGUGACGUUUCUACUACAUAGGACGACUAUUGUUGAGAACAUUUUCACGCCAUUUAGUCAAUAUAACGAAAAAUAAUAAUAGUUGGUUGCUAAAACACACGUAGGUGCCGCUAUGUUUUGGUAGAUAAAAGGGCCUGGUGAUAACCUUAUAAUUGAGAG